AUGCCAGAACUCGGCUUCCUGUCUCCACCGGCUGAGAGAGCCGCUUUCGCUGCUGCUAAACGAAGAAGGAAAUCCCUUAAGAGUGUUUUCACCGGCUAUCUGAGUACGAACAAGAAACUGGGCGUGCUGCCCCCGUUCGCUGGCUUUACCACCAACAUCGGGACAGUCCCACCAGAAUCAGGAGAUGCAGCGCUGCAGCAAUUCGUAUUAUCAUGUGUUUAUGUCAGUAUUGUGGAUUUACAAGCGGCCAACCUCACAGAGAGAAACCAAACAUUCACAUUGUCCACAAACAACAACAAUACAAGGAAACCAAACAACGUCACAUCCAGUUUGUACUCAGACGAGAAGACUCAGAUUGAAGAUGAGCUGGAAAGCAACUACACGUCUGCCGUAAUCACAGAGGAUGACGAGAGUUUCCAGGAGCAAGAAAAUAUAUUUCCAGGUCAACACUGCCAUCAGGAGCUGCUGGCAGAGUCCACUCACUACUGUGGUGAAACUUUUCACCAGGAAAUGGAGUCAAUCAGCCCAGAGAAGUGGUGCAUCCUGGAGAAUGUCAUCAGGCCAUACCAUGAAAUGACAAACUGCUUGGAGAAGCUGACUCGUCUGUUCGGCUGCUACUUCCCAAACCCCGACAUCCAGGACUUCUUCCUCUUCAUCCACUCCACAUACUUCCACAACUGCAGUAAAGGAGGCGAAGGAGAGGAGUUCCUGGAGGACGCUCCUCACAGCCUGGUCGUCGUCCUCACCAUCAUCCCUGUCGGCUUCGUCCUCGUCCUCAUCUAUCUGGUCGUCUGGAUGAGUAAAGUCCAGGAUUAGUCUCCACCUUCAUCGCAGAACAAGUUUAUGAGAAAAUCAUCACAGGUGGUUCAGAAAAAAAUCUACAUUUCUAGAUGUCUUACAGCCAUGAGCUUAGAUUUAGUUGGAGUGUUUUCUGUGAAUUAUACGAGAUAAGUUCUAAUCAGAUAUUUAAGUUUUUGCUCCACCGUUUAGGACUUAUUUCCAUUAAACAAUAUUUAUGUCUACAUUGCCAAAAAAUAAAUGUUUUUAAACAGUUUUUACCUUUAAGUUUUUCAAAUUUUCUCUUGUUUUACAGUUUUUCCCUGUUUUCUCAAUCUACAGCUAAUAACAGAGAAAUUUGCAGAAAAAAUAUUUAUUAUUUUUUUAAAGGCUCAAAAUGUGUAGUUUUAAAAGUAGUAUUUUAAUGUCAUCAUUGUUACUAUAUUUAAAUAGAGCAGAUUGGUUUCCGUUACUAGAAGUAACAGUUAAAUAUUUAAAAAUGUUUUUUUAUUUUUCCAUUUUUUAUUACAGAUAAUAUACAGUAAAAUCACCAGAAUAAAAUAUUAUAAAAUAUUAUUUCAGAUACUGACUUUAAAAAACUCUAAAACUAAUGUCAAGAAAUAUAAAUUUAAAAAAUGACAACAGUAAUGUCCACAUCAUUCAACUCAAAUUGAAACUGAAUUUAAAGUAAGUUCUUGUAUUGUGUCAAAAAUCUGUAUUUUUACAAAUAGUGACUACUUGUUUUUGCAGCGUGCGACCCUAAAAUGAGAGCAUUACUAUAUUUAAGUUAUAUAUAUUUGACAUUAUUUUCAACAAUUUCACCAUGUAAUGUUACACUAUUUCAUCAUUUUUGUUAUGUUUUUUGCUGCUUUUUGAUUAGCUGUUUUUCUUUUUUACAAAUAUUUGGAAUUUAAAAUGCUGUAUAUUAAGGACUGAAAAAUGAUAAAUCAUUUUGUAAUUUUUAUUUGACAGAUAUUUCCUGUUUGGUGAAAGACAUAAGUGUUAUCUCAAAAAAAUCACAGAUGAAAAAAUUAUGAAGGCCACUUACCGGAAACGUGUCUUAAUCAGACACAUCAGAAGGGUUUACAGUGUGCAGACAGUUUGGAAGCAGUUAACAGGUCCAUAGUUUUUACCAAACAGAAGAAUCUGCUGGUUUACUUAUUUUAACCAGGAAUAUUCCUAUCCUCCUCUGAUUAAAAUAUAUGCUUGUGUCAUUAUCAGAUACAAUGACAGUGGAAUCAGAUGCCUUUAUAGUCUCGAGAGCUCAACCCAUAGACUGAAUAUAAAGACGGAUGUAGCAAGCAGCCCUGAACAAGUUGUAACAAAAGUAUUAUCCAGGAAAAAAUGCAUCACCAGAUACUCUGAGAAAUGACUUGGAUUGGACCCAAAAAUUAGAGCAUCCCCAGUUAGAUCCCCAGUUAAUUGAAAUAAACAACCAGAAAAAGCCAAUACAAGGUUUGAAAAGUUAGAAUUAGAGCAUCUUAAAAUUUAAUUCUAAAUCAGCAUUUAAGGUCUUCACUGGAGAUGCACAAAUGUAGUUUUUGUCAUUGCUUCUGAUCCAAUUCAAGUCAUUUAAUAUUUAGUGUCUUUUUCUAAAUAACACACACUUUAAGUAUUGCAGAUUAACUGUAGUACCUGGUUGUGCCACCAGGUGGAGCGUCUUGCUGUUUAAUACUAGAGUGCCUGUAUAUCAGAGUGGCGACAUGACAGGUCCAAAAAAUUUUGGUCACGUGAUCUAUGGGCGCCAUUUUGUUUCCUAUUCAUGAACGCCGGGUUUUCCUGUUAACGUUGUUUACACCGCAGAGAGUAAUUCCAGGUCUUCCAACGCUUCUUAAAUUCCCUGAAAAAUGACGGGCUGUUGUGCCUUUGGGUGCACAAAUCGGUCAGAGAAGGGAUUCCAGAUGUUUAGGUUUCCCAGUGAUCCCGAAAGAAGGAAACUGUGGGAAAAUAAAGUCCGGAGAGUGGGAUGGAAACCGACUUCAUCAUGGUUUUUGUGCCAGAUUAGUCCCAUGUAUGUACUUUCAUGUUAUGAUGUAUGGGUGAAUGACAGAUAGAAAAGUUUGAUGUGAUUUUAGGCAGUUGUGGUUAUUUUGACUUUGACCAUUUUCAUGCAUGGAGAUGUGUUACUGGUGACUGUUGGGUACCGUAACCCAUUAAACUUCAGCGGCCCAUAUUCAGGCCAUCUUGAGAUGUGCAAACGUAUUUUGCUAAAUUGACUGAAGCUGCAAACUCGAUGAUAGAAACAUUAUACACCCAUGGAAAGCUUAGAUUCUCAUGAAUCCGCCGGUAUAAACCACUUUCAGAUGUGAUUACCACAGCGGGUAAUAUAAACACAUUUGUCCAACAAACAACAAAUAACCUAAACAGCACAACUCACCUUUGAAGGCUCAUAACGAGUCACAGAUGAAAAUAUUCAACAAAAAACGGCCAUAAUCCAACCUUGGACAUCCAGACAAAACAAGCGAGUAAAAUAUUUUGUCCAAAACAUGUCUUGAAAUCAGUAAACAAUCCACAAAUAGCUAGUUUUCGUGAAUGUGCACCUCGCGCUGCGCAUCCCAUAUUUGGGAUAGGCUCCAGUAGAGUUCCUGUGUCCUCUAAAUUGUAAAAAAAAAAUCAUUAUUAUUGAUAAGCAAUCAUCCUUUUUUACUUUUGAACGAUGACUAGAAAGCUUAGAAUGUAAAAAUCCAAAUAAAACACAUAGCGCUAAGCAAGUACACACACAGUCACGGGUGCAUUAGUGCGUGGCAUAGUGAAUGGAAACAAAAUGGCGUCAAAUCCCCAGUUGUCGCCACUCUGCUAUACAGGCACUCUAUUUAAUACUACUAUUACACGUAUCUUAAAAUUUCAAAGGUCUAUUCAAGGAGUAUUCGACACAAAGUACUACUUGAUGUCCAAGAACUUGUAGAUUUAAAGCUUAUUUCAGUCCAAACACUACACGUAGUUUUAAAGGUUUAUUCUACUCAAACAGUACUUUCUAACAAGUUAUGGAUUUAAAGGUUUAUUCAAGACCAAACACUACUAUAUGUCCAAGAACUUAAAGUAUUAAGGGUUAUAUCGACUGAAAUUGUAUUCUAUAAGUACCAAGUUAUGGUUGUAAAUGCUAAUUUCAGAAAUACUACGUUCUGUCUGUGAUUUAACUUGGUGACUAAGAGUUACUAUGUGGUUGUAUCAUUAUCAGGUUAAAUAAUAAUGGAAUAUGUUUAUGUUUGCCUUUAGAAUAUCAGAGUUGUACAAGGUGCCUGUGUUUUCUCUCAAAAUAAAGCAGCAUUUACCCUCCAAA